AUGAUAGUGGGUAAAAAUGCUAAUAAAGCUUAUCCCAAACUACUUAUUGUUUGCGAAAUAUUUGGUUUAUUAAGCGUUAUUUUAUCUGGUUUAUUCUUUGAUAAAAAACUCUAUGCAUCAAAAUAUGUUUAUAAUUGGAAUACAAAUCCAUUUAGUUAUCAUCCAUUAAUGAUGACUCUUGGUUUAUUAUUUUGUUAUGGAAAUGCAAUACUAUUAUAUCGAACAUUAAAAUCAACACCUAAAUUAAUAGCUAAAAUUCUUCAUGCUUCUUUACUUAUAGUAUCAUUAGUACUUGCUAUUGUUGGAUUUGUUGCAAUAGUUCGAUCUAAAAAUCUUGGUAAACGACCACAUUUUAUGUCAUUUCAUUCAUGGCUUGGUUUAACAACACUAAUUUUAUUUGCUUUACAAUGGAUUUGUGGUUUUAUUAGUUUUUUAGUUCCACAAUUAAGUUUAAAUAUUCGAAAAGCAUAUAUGCCAUCUCAUCGUCUUUGGGGAAAAAUUAUUUUUUUAUCAGCUGUCGUAGCAAUUUUAACAGGUUUAUCUGAAUAUGGAUAUGGUUCAUCAUUUUUUACAGCCAAUGAUGCUGAACAAGACAGACGUUUAAUUAUGAAUUUUUUUGGUGUAUUUACAAGUUUAUUUAGUUUAUUUGUUAUUUAUUUACUUUCAAAUUCUGAUUAUCAACGACCACCUGACGAACAUAUUGAAAAAUAA